AGAGAAAGAAAGAUGACAUGAUUCUAAAAUGAAAUCCAUCACACAAAGCAACAAAAGCAAGAGUUCAAGACCACCUUCAUUAUAAAUCAAAACACAAACAGUUGUAUAGAUUUGGACUUCUUCAUAUAACCAUCAUCCUUCCCAAUUCUUUUUACACCAUUACCAAUCUUCUUCUUCUUCAUCUUGUUCUUCUUCUUUUUGUUCUACUUCUUGUUUCUUAGAAACAAGAGCCAAAGCUACCAAAAAAAUAAAAAAAAGUCAGCGUCUUUGGUUUCCAAUAUAAAAAUAGAUCUUAUCUUCACAUCUCUAUCAAAAUUUGUCCUUACAAAACUACUCCUUUGGUUUUUCUUUGUUUAAGGCCAAAACUAGAGCUUUCCUUCAAAAUAGAAACUUUGAAGCUUUGAGAAGAAGAAAAAGAGAAGGCUUUAAUUUGGUAGCUCGUUCUUUUAUAUGGUGCAAGUGACCCUACUAGUCUUGUUAAUUUAGAUCUGUUGAAUAAUUCUGUUGAGCUUCUUCAAUCUUUAAUUUUGAGUUAGAUAUGUGUGAUUACUUUUGGAAAAAGAUGGAGAAUGGUCAAGGAGAUCUUGCUGAUAUAGUUCGAGCAAGCGGUAGAGUUGGAGGGAAUGAUAUCGAUCUUUCAUCGGUGAUGUCUAAUGACUGGCAGUUCAUUCCUUCAGAACCAGUUAGUUUUUUCCCACUGCCGCCAAGGGAUGACCGAAGAGAAGAGGAAGAGGAAGAAGAAGAUGUGUUUAGUGAUCCUUUUGGGCCUUUUUCUAGAGAUCCUUUGCUUCAUGAGAUCACAGUGUCUUCUUUCUUUGAUCAUGGUCAAGAUCUAAAGAGAGGUUUACAGCAGGAGAUCACAAGGAGUACUCCAACUACUACAACAACAACUACAAACUACUACUACUACCACCAAUAGUAAUACUGGUGCUAGGCCUUGUGAUGUUUUCUCUAGGG